CUAGACGCGAUUGCCCAAUUCCGUAGACAAAUUAGGUACUGAGAUAUAUUGUUUUAUUCGUGCCGAACAUCAUUCAUUGCUUUUGUAUACUUAAGAACUUCAACAAUUGCUUGGGUAAAUACAGAGUUCUGUAGUAGAGAAACAAACGGUCCAUAUAAUCUACUUAAUUUGCUUUAAGAGCAUUUGUUUUUGUGGGGAAAUCUAGUUACAACAUUUAGUAGUAGUCGCUAAGCUUAUAAUUCUGUUUAUCGCUUGUUUUAUAGGGUCAACGUGUCUUUUUUCGGUGAGCAAUUUUUGGUCUUUAGUUUCACCUCGGAUUCUUACUGGUAUCAGAUUGCAUGAUUUUUGGCACAGGCAUUGUGGAGCAGGUACAACAUUUCAUUUAUAAUAACACUUCGGAUAUCCCCUAGGCCAUUGUAUCAGUCUGUUUCUUCCAUUUAACACGAUAACCCUUGGCCCGUUCGCUACCCACCGUUUCAUUUGUUUCAGCUUAUUGUCUGCAGUUAUCCCCACCUCAAUUCAUCUGGAAGCGAAUAGAGUCUUAAAUUAACGGAUUUAGUAUUUUAUUUGGCUUUCUCCGAUUGUUAUCCUUUGCGAAAGUUACCGCAAACAUCUCUCAUUCGACUGGUUAUUACAAUUAUCUGCAAGUAUGUUACAAGCUAUACGUGGAACAGGAACUGCCCAAAAACCAUCAAAAAUUAUCGUAAGCGAGUAUACUCCGGAAGAACAAAAUUGGGAGCUAGGCAUCGAGGAACAAGAAAACAGCGGGAAAUGCGUCAACCAGUACCAUCUUAAAGAUGCUCUUGGAUACGGUUCCUACAGCACGGUUUACUUGGCCAUUGAUCAGAACACAAAAAAAGAAUAUGCCAUGAAAGAAAUAUCCAAGACCAACCUUCGGCGCCGCGAAGUGUCCCAGCUUAUGAAAGAAAUGGCCGAUGUCAGUUCGUCAGACGACGAUCCAUUACAGAAUCGUAUGCGUUCGUUAAGUCUUGGCCGGAAAGCAGAAGACAUGAUCCGAGACUGCGAGGAUACGGAUGCCUUUUAUCUGAUACGAAACGAAAUUACUCUUCUCGAACAGCUCGACCAUAAGCACAUCGUCAAGCUUUAUGAAAUCAUUAACUGUGAUGUGGAAGACACCCUGUAUAUGGUUCUCGAGUACUGCCCUCUGGGGAAAGUUGGCUCGAUAGAUCGUGGCAUCUCAUUCGAUCCUUUCGAUGAACACAGAUGUUGGAACCUAUUCCGGCAACUGUUACUCGGCGUUCGUUACAUCCAUAGCAAGGAUAUCGUUCAUCGUGAUAUUAAACCCGACAACUUGCUUUUGGACAAGGAAGGCUGCUUAAAAAUCAUUGACUUCGGUAUUGCUGUGCAACUAGACAAUAAAAAGGAGGCCUCAAAACCGACUGGAACUCCUGCUUUCAUGGCUCCAGAACUUUUUACCUUGGAUAUGCAUCUUGAAUGUGCCAAAUUGCUGGAUGUCUGGUCAAUGGGUGUAACACUGUAUGUUUUGCUUUUUGCUCGACUGCCCUUUGAGGCACCAACAAUCGUUGAUAUGGUUGAAAAAAUAAAGACUGAGGAUCCCGAAAUACCGGAGGAAUGUAGUGACAAAUUAAAGCAUCUAUUACGGCGCUUGCUGGACAAGAAUCCAAAGACUCGAAUAACUACAGAGGAACUAUUUAAGGAUCCAUGGGUUACUAAAGAUGAACAUUCCCCGUUAGACGAAAAGACUUCAAGUAUUUCACAUUCCUUUAGUGAUGCGGCGCUUGAAAACUUGCAGCGCCUAACCGAGCGUCUGUCCCUGACAAAAAAUCAUAAUCCUAGCCGUUGAUAAACAGUUUCCUACCACUUCUGGAAGUGGUUAACGUUUCUUUUAAAGCCGUUUUUUUACCGAUGUCCUACGCUUAUAAAGUUUGUUUUUUGUUAUUUUUCACAUAAACACUAACAAUGGUAUCCAAAGGUUUGCUAGAAAGGAUAUCUUUUUCAGACUAUCAGCCAAAAGCUGAUUUCUCAUUUUUUUUGUCGCUUUCCCAAUUAUGCAAUUGCUCCGGUAGCUACUUUUUCAUAAUAAUAUGACGCAGAGCGCAACGCUUCUGGAAAGGCAAGCUUGUAGUUUUUCUCAGUCUUUUUGUUCUCAAUUUCAAUGCAUAGAAAGCUAGCGUUUUCGUAGUCUUCCUUGUGCAAAUCUGCUUCUUUAAAAGACUCUUGUUCAAUUUCCUCAACUUUUUGAACGAACAGACGAAUAUUAUAGCGUUCAAGCGCCUUCGCUACUUUGGGAUCAUCAAGCGCUUGGUCCUUGAACCGAACCUCAAUUCCAUUUGGUUUAUCAUAGUGGAAACGUACUACAAGAAGAUUGCUUACUUCUGGUACACAAGUUUGUUUUUUCAUCCUUUCUGUAUCUUCAGUUGCAGCAAGAUACUCAUUUUUAAGUUCUUGAGACAAAGCUGGAUGGGGUUUUAAAGAGUGAUAAGUUUUCGUACCACUGUAAUUCACCAUUAUAGAUUUCACUUCUUCAGAUUCUUGGUGUUCCAUCAAUCCCGAAAGACCUAAUUCUUCAUCUUUCUUCAUUUUGUCUUCAGUCAUAUCGACAAAACCACUGAGCCAACUUAAAGUAUCAUAGUCAAGCGGGAGUUCUCCUUCAGGUAAACAUUCGUAAACACCCUUGGGAACCAAAUCGGAACAAAACUUCUUUGGAAUACCAUCCACUUUACGACCUUUGUUUCGUUCAGGCAGUUGUUUUAAGCCUUCCGCUUUUGCCUUUUUUGCGUAAGCUUCCGCCUGGUAUAUACGCUCGAAACGAGUCAGUAAGUUGUUUGUCUUGAUGUGUAGGGUCUUAAAGUUAUCUUUGUUGUAAAAACCCACUUUUGCAAAUAUAUCUUUACAAUCGCUUUUGUAAAGCCGUUUUGGUCUUUGCUCUGAUUGUGUAGAAUUUUCCUUGUCACCGUUUGGAAGUUCUGUUGAAAACUGAUCUUUUGGCCUCGAACUAGAUGUAACUUCUUGCACGUUUAAAGUCUCAGGCCGAACUUGUUUUUUUAAAUUGUUUGGCUGAGACCACAUAGGUUUGCUUUGUGGCAGCAGUUUCCCCAAACCAUUGAGUCUGUGGGGCAUUUCAUCAUCAAGCACGUCUAUAGGCGAUGUUUCAAAAACUGUCUUCUUGCUAGCUUCGUUUAUAAGAAAUAGUAAUUCUGGAGAGUGUGCUAUUAGCAAGUGCGAGCUUUCAUUCUCUCCUAACACAGAGGCUUUGUUGAAAACUUGAGAAAGCUGUACAUGCUGUUUAAAAUAGGAGGAUUUAUAGAAACCAGAAAUUUGUGUCAGUUGAAGGAUUGUACGAUAAACUCGUUUGCGUUUCUGAAAUCUAAAUGGUUCGUUAAGAGAGUUCAGCAAUUCUGGUUCUUUAAGCUUAUUAAGUUUUGGUUUUUCCAACAGUGGGGAAAGUGCCAGUCGCACGACAAGCAUUAUGGGAAACAUAAUCAUCCAGCGGAUUACAAAUACAUUGUUGUUUGCACGAUAAGUAAGCCUGUCAAACACUUUGUUUGUAGUGAAUAGCACAUGUUGAAGGUGGGUAAGUUUGUU